AUGUCCGCCUCAGGUGUACUAACCGGGUUCGGCCGUUCAACCCCGCAUCUCGGCCCAGCCCGCGAAGUCUGGAUUCCAGUGGUCCUGGUUGGAUACGCCACUUGGAGUGCAGGGCGGCAAGACUUCAGCUUGCUACGUUUCCCUAUCGCGCGCCUUUGGGAUGGCCAAGUACAUCUCGUGAACCCGGCAUCCUGUGGCACACGGUCAUGUCGCCAUCUAUUGUACAGCUAUCUUUUGGAUUCGACUCUAUUACAACAACAUCGCUGGAAAAUGGACAUUGUCGAUAUCUUCCCUGAAAAUCCAGUUGAGCCUUCGAUCAAGUACGCCGGCGGGUUCCAGACUGCGUUCACAGUACCUUGGGCCAAGGGAAGAGUUGCACCAUGUGCAGGUCUUAACACACAGCGCAAUGCACAGGACACCCUUUUCGUGCCACUUUCGGCUUUUCGAGAUGCACACGCUGCUCCACUACAUUACCGCGAAUGUCAAAUUACUUCAAUUGAAGACCAAUCGAACUCGGAUAUUGCGGAUCAAUCGGAGCUGGGCACGUUUGCUCUCAGCGCCUCUGUGGGAGGUAGCUUUCUCGGUGCUUCCGGUAGAGGAAGUUACGAGAAGAAUGUGCGCGAUAAUGCGAAUAAAUCUAAUAUCAGCAUUCGAGCUGAGCACACGUGCGGCCAGAUUGUUCUGUCACGGGCACCUGAGCUAGAUCCAGGCGCGGUCAGACUAUUACAGUUCUCCGUCGAUCCUAUAAACGAGUUUCGUCGAGAGUAUGGUGACUUUUACGUGGCAGGGUAUCGGGUCGGAGCUGUAAACAGUACCACUAUCUACGGAGAAUUAGCAGAUAAGUCUUUCUUUGAGGCAAAACGAGCAGAACUCGAGAUCAAAGCUUUGUUUCUGAAGAAGCACAAGAGCAUCAAUGAGGAGAGUUACAGUGCUAGUAAUGAGGGAGGCCUGGGUAUUUCAGCAUUUGAUUCGCUUACAGCCUCGUAUCUCAAAUUCACUGCCCGAACUUAUAAAGAAAGUCUACUGGCAGGCGAAAUCGUCGUCAAAAACAAGCAACUGGCGAUGGAGAUCGCCAGGAGGGCAUCAAAAGUUCUCGAGACAGAUUUCUUGCUAGGCAGAGAAGGCACGGUAUCUCAAAACAUGAUUGAUCGGCUUUGUGAUCAGGGCUUAAUCACUGAGCUGCUACUCGUUCCAUUCGCAUCGCUUCGAGAGUACCAGACCCUGUUGGCACGUCGAAACAUGUUGAACAGACUUCUAUAG